GGAGCUGCUAGGAUGUCUCUCAUUAGUGACACGGACUAUCUCAUUCAUAGCCUCCGUCUCAACUAUCUCCGCAACAUAGACGACCCCUAUGGCCCUCGUCUCAUCUCUCUCGACCCCGGCUUUCACUCCAACCCCUAUAUCGAUGCUUCUGGCCUCGCGGACGUCGAGCGAUGGCCCGAGGUAGCUAUGCCUACCUCCCCCACCCCUUCCGACGACGAGUCUGCCCCAACUGUCCGUAGGCGACACUCAGGUUUCCCCGGGGCGAAUCUUAAGUACACCACAACUAUCCUUGGGCCCUCCCGGACGGGCAUGAUGGGACUGCGGGUCAAUGGCAAGCGCGCUUCGAUGCCGCGCAACUCCGUCAGGCUGUCGAUGAGGCGGGAGGCAGACGGCGUCGAUCAGGAUGGUCCCGCUGCACAGACGACGGAGACCCCGAUAACGACCGAAGUCAUCUCUGCGACGCCCAUCUCACCCACGAAGCCGGACGCACCGAGUUCACCCAUCAAGGAGCGCGGUCGAGAGAGCUCAGCUCCCUCUCCAGUGCAGACGAAUGGCGGGGGGGCAGCGACCGAAGGACAGCAGUCAGAUGCGCUAAGACCACCAGCGUUCGUUCCAAUCAUCAACUUCAAGGGCGCCGCGGAGAUGGAGAGACGGCGGAGGCAGAGGCUGCUUGCGCGGGCACACCCACCGGGAGUAGCUCCACGGGUGCCGAUGGUCGCGAUGAAUUUGAACCCGGAGGAGUCCAGCUCGUCGAGCGAGGAAGAGCCUGAGCCUGAGCCGGUGGAGAGCAGCGAUGAUGAGCUCGCGGACGAGGAGGAUGAGGACUUUGACGGGGAUGGGGAUAGUAUGGAACUCAAUGAAGACGAGUUUGACCCUGAAUUUGCGGCCAGUCGAGGACUAGGGAUGAACUCGGACAGCGCGUCUGAGAACGCGUCGGUGCUCUCUGGGAUCUCCACCUCCGCAUCCGCAUCUUCCAUGAUGGCCUCUCCGGUACCGCCGAGCACGAGCGCGCGCGUCUCACGUCUGAGCCCCGUCCGCGAAGGCAAGGAGCGCGAGCGGCCGUCCGUCUCGCCCGAGCGCGACGAGGGACAGAUCGACGCGAUGUUCGAGAUGCUCACCCCGGCCCCUAGCACGGCCGCAAACAGCCAGACACGACCUCCUCCCGGCCUGUUAGCCAUCAAGCCUGCGUCGUCCAGUGCGCGGACGCCCGAUGGCAUGUUCGAGCGGAAGGCGGUCGCCCCAGUACGUCCUGCGAAGUCCGCAUUGAGCGCGAUGCUGGCUGCGACGUCGAGUUCCUCGUCGUCGAAUCCGUUUGCGGAGCUGUAUAGCGCUGUAUCGGGGCGCGCGGAGAGCGAGAGCAUGGUCGUCCGCGUGUUCUUCCCUAUGGCGCGCGAACCUGCGAACCGGGCGCUGGAGCUGAACGUCCGCAAGGACGCGACAUUCGAGGAGGUGCUCGGGUUCGCGUUGUUCACGUAUUGGGAGGAUGGGUGGCUGCCGAAGAUUGACGAGGGGUUGAGUGGGGAGGAGGACCCGAAGUGGGCGAUCAAGUGCUCCGCAGCUGGAUGGGUGAUGCGGAUAGCAGAAGAGGAUGGGGAGGUGGACGAAGAUUUCCCUCCACCCGACCGGACUGGAAAGGUUUCGAAGUUCAACUUCGAUGCCUAUGCCGUUCUGGAAGCUACCCCAUCUCAAAUUCAGCAGAACAAGAUCCUCGAGUCGAAGAUCCAACGCAGAAUAUCCCGCGUCGUGGUGAAGAAGAAAUCGACCGGCCUCCUCAACGCGACCACCAACGCCGGAACACUUGUUCCUCCGACUGCAGAGACCCUGCUUGGAAUAAGUACUGGUUUCCAUGGAGGCUCGCUUGGCUCAUCGGUCAUAUUCCCCAGUUCGCUUGGUCCGUCCUCCAGUCACGGACCUUCGCUCUUCCUCCGUAUCCGUAUCGCCAGCGCUGCAGAUGAGCCAGGCCAUGUUUCGACGACUAUUCAAGCCUCGGGCGGGAUGUACAUGGCCGAGGUGCUGGACGCCGUGAUCCAGAAGCGCAAGCUAAACGACCCCAAGGACUACGCGCUCGUCGUCGAAGUCGGCGACGUCAAGAUGAACAUCCCGCUCGACCGUACGGUACGCAGCUUGCAGGGCAAGCGCGAGCUCAUCCUCAUGAGGAAAAAUAUGCUCCGCGAGUACGGCGUAGAGGUUCGGGAGAGGAAGGGCGCCACGACCGACCCGAAUGCGUCAAUAUUCACCACGGAUACCGCCGCUCAAGAGCAGCACAUGAGCCAAGUGCUCGACUACAUGAAUGCGUACAGGAAAUACACCGUGUACCGCAAGAUGCCAAUGCUGGUCACUCGCAGCGCUCGUAUGCUUGCCAUUGAUGGCGGUUACAUUCAUGCACGUAUCCCGUCUUCCCUCUCAUUGAUGCUCAAUCCGCUUACUGUCACGAAUAAGAUCAUCCCUACGGUGACGAAGGCAAAGCAUGUGUUCGACAGUGGCAAGACGUCCUCGUACCACCUCAAGAGUGUGGUUGCAUGCCAGCAGUCGAGCAAGAACAGCUCAACGUUCAAGCUCGUCGUGCACAGUGGUGCAGACCGGAACAAGCGGUAUGAGUUCGAGGCGGAGAGCCCCAAGCUUGCCGGAGAGAUCGUGUCGACUAUCCGCGCGCUCAAGUCGGCGAUGGAGAAGCCUGGCGGUGGAAAGGCGUCGAGACGGAAUACGCGAAUAGGGACGACGGCGAGGCCGCUAGGCGUUUGAUUGACUGUCAUCAGUGGGAAGACUGCGUCACGAUAUCCGACUUUCGUUCUUGGGUGUACUUCGGUUGUUUGUAGCAUUAUGGGACUUCGAGGAAACUUGUCUUUCAAGUGAGAGUGUAUAGGCCCGGAUGACAAUUUCCUUGAGCGUCGAUGCCCACGGUUAGUCAGACUCAGUCG